AUGUUGGUCGCGGAGACGCUAUCGGUGCCCGUGAGCGCGAACCUCGUCUCCCCAUCUGCGUCCUGGGCAUGCUCAUCUCCCUCGCCGCGGACCGCACUGGAGGCCGCCGCCUCGCCGCUGCGCCUGGUGGCUGCGGAGCCCUUGCUGCGCGCCUGGCUGCUCUCCGCCGCCCUCGCCGGCCUCGCCGCCGGGCUCUCGGGGGUGCUGGCGUCCCUCAGCUUGCGGAUCGCGAUGUACGGCUGGCGUCCUGGAGAUCUACAGGCGUACAUGUCGGUCAACAGUUUUCUCAGGACUGGCAGCGUCGGCCUCCUGAGCCCGCUGGUGAGCAGCCGCUGGGAGACCCCGCGGAUUGUGCUGGUGCAGGUGGCCGCGUCUGUUGGCGCCAGCCUGAUGCAGGUGCUGGCCCCGCUGUCCCCCCAGCUGCUGCUCUGGCCCGGGUACCUGCGCGACCUGCUCGCGUUCGCGACGCCCGCGAGCGCGGCCUUCCUGAGCUCCCAGUUCGGCGCCGACAAGCAGGCGACCGUCAACUCAGUGAACCACCUCGUUUCGAACCUCUGCACCUCGCUGUCCUUUUGGCUCUUCUCCUCGCCUGCGCUGUUCCAGCCUCAGGCCAGGGAUGCCGCCGCCGCCCCGUUCGUGGUGGCGUUCGUGCUGACUGCGUGCAGCGGCGCGAUCAAGGUUCACCUGGUUGUUCCUCAUCUCCGUCGUCCUUGCUGCAGGAGGAAGCAGGCGGCGACACAUCUCCACGUAUAG